AUGGUCGGUGCCGGCCUUCUUACUACGAUUGAUACCAACACUUCUACGGUCAAAUGGGCCGCAUAUAUGGUAAUCAAUGGAUGGGGAACUGGAAUGGCACAGCAACUUCCAUAUACCGCGUUGCAAAUUGUUUUGAGUGAAGAAGACGCUCCUACUGGAAAUGCCAUUGCGGUAUUCAUGUAUCAGAUUGGUUCUUCCGUCUCUGUCUCCAUCGCACAAUCUCUCUUUCUAUCAAGAUUACAGACCAGUGUUCCAGCUCAUACCACUGCUGUCUCAGCAGAAGCGGUUAUUAAAGUUGGCGCCAGUGGCUUACAGGAGUUAGCCGGUGGCUCGGAAAUUGUGCUAACUGCCUUGAGAGAAGCAUACACCAUUGCUAUUAGAGAUGCUAUGUAUUAUGCUUUGGCGGCAGCUUGUUUGUCCCUGCCAUUUGCUUGUGGAAUGCAAUGGUUCAACCUCAAGAAGGUCGCAGAGGAGAGGAGAAGAGCAAAAGACGAGGAAAAGCCAGUUGGGCUAGAAACCUCGGUCAUGAUGGACAGUGUAAUUGGUUCUGAGAAAGUUUGA